GCCAUAGUAAUAUGUGGAUUGAUGGCUGUGGUUUUGCUUUGUUGGUCUUUGCAAUUAAUCUUUUUUUGCCUUCAAUUGAGGUCAGCACCUACUGUGUGUUGCUUUUUGACCAUUAAACCUGCCCCUAUGUUGUAGGUAUGCCGCCACUGAAGAAGAAGAAGGCUGCUACUGACAAGGCAGUGCCGAUCCCGGAUUUUUACCGGGCGACAAGAUCAGGGAGGGUGCGACAAGAACCUGCUCGGUCCACCGAAUCUGUAAGCGGGGGGAGUAGACGUCCAGCUGGAGCCUCAGUGAAUGAGGAUACUCAACGCACAGACACUGUGCAUCCAGACGAACCCAAUGGCAAUGAUGAUUCCGAGGCAGAAGCAUCCAAUCAUGAGACCGGAGAAGGUAGUAAUCCAACUGGAUUGGAAGCACCUGUGGCUAAAAAGAGGGGACUGUCCAAAGGGUACGAGAUAAUGAAGAGAACCGGAACUGGAGGAAAGAUAGAUGGAAUCUACGUAAUGGAGAAUGGGCAGUCAUUCGUAGGGCCUAAUGAGAGCUUGUUGAAGACAGAGUUGGGCGUCGUUACACGCCUGAUGGCCCCGAUACGGAAGUACUACUGGUCCAAGUUGACUGAAGCAGACAAGCACCCAUUAUUCAAGAAGCUAGAGGAUGAAUUUGACAUAGACACGGCAGGAGCAGAUGCAAGGAAGAUUAUGGAGAAGAGAAUGAAGAAGCGGUUCAUCAAUUACAAGUAUGCGAUGCACGCUCACUACCUGAAAGACCCUCAGACAGCCAGGACAGACCCUCCAGUGGACAUGAACAUAGAGGAUUGGCAUAUGCUGUGUGAUCACUUUGAGAGUGAAAACUUUAUAAAGCGAAGCCAAAUAAAUAAAGCCAACAAGAGUAAGCAAGUGUAUGCACACACUUCUGGUGCAAAAUCGCUUGAUCAAAGAAUAUAUGAGUUGGAGAAGAAAAAGAAGCAAAAGCAGCAGGAGCAGCAGCCUACUCAAGAAGAGCGGGAAACUGAUAUGGAGGAUGCUGAUAGCGUAGAGGAGGAGCCAAUAGAUCUCCUAUUGUAUGCGAAGAGGUAUCAGCGGGCUGACGGUAGUUGGGUAUCGGAGGAACCGCAGAAGAACUAUUUGGAGAUGCAGUCCAUGUGGAUAGAGGCAAAGGCAGAGGGGAAGCCUAUAUCAGGCCGUGACAUUGUUGAGAAGGUCCUCAAGAAAAAGGUGAAGUAUGGACCGAAGGAGAACCCAAGAUCAGCAAAGGAGCUUCAACUCCAAGAAGAAUUGGAGGCAACAAGGGCUGAAGCGGAAAGAAAAGCCAAGGAGUUUGCUGAGAAGAUACAGAGUCAGGAGGAGCAGCUAAAAAGCCAGGCUGAGAAGAUACAACUUCAGGAAGACAAGUUAAAGAGCCAGGAGGAGAGCCCAGUCCUCCAAUUCUCGAAGCGCUUAAUCCCCAAACAAAUAUGGAUCACCAUCGCCCCGACCCGAUUCAUCGCCAACACCGCCACCCUCACCCGCACCGCCCGGAGCGACAUCCAUCUCCGCCCCAUCUACGAUGGCUACGACGAAGGCGGAAUCGCUUCUGCCGAGGACGGCCACUGUGACCCGUCUCUCGUGGCUUCAUUGAUUUCUGCGUAUGCCCACUGUGACCGCCUCAAUUUAGCUUAUAAAGUUGUUGACCAAGUCUUUAAUUGGACUGUGAAUCUAGUUGCUCUGAAUAAGACCCUUCACAGCUUCAUUAAAUUCAGAGAUUCAGAGUUGGCCAGAAAGGAGUUCGAUAAAAUGCCUGACCGAGAUGUGGUGACUUGGAACUCCAUGAUUGGAGGUUACGUUGAUAAUGGGCGUUUUGAGGAAGCCUUGAGGCUCUUCACAAUGAUGCUUACUUCAAAUGUUGUUCCGGACAAGUUCACUUUUGCAUCUGUUAUGCCUGGUUGUGCAAAGCUUGGUAGUUUUCCCUUGGCUCAGUGGCUGCAUCAGCUGAUGAUCAAUAUGAGAAUUGAAGUUAAUUACAUCCUGGUUGCAGCUAUGAUCGAUAUGUAUUCCAAAUGUGGUGGAAUAGAAGCUGCAAAAAGUAUAUUCCAGAGGGUUCAGCGGGAUGAUGUUUCGAUUUGGAACUCAAUGAUCAAUGGCUUAGCAAUACAUGGUUUCGCACGGGAUGCAAUUGCAGUGUUCUCAAAGAUGGUUUCCUGCCGGUGUCAUGGUAAUGGUAGAGGAAGCCUGGGCCGAUAUAUCGCUCCUGCAAUAUAUCUUUGGAAACAGGGGCAGAUCGCUUCUGUAGCCUGGGCCGAACUGGUUUCCUGCCAGUGUCAUCAUACUGGCAACAAAUUCUAGCAGUGGUGUUUGUUGUACAACGGAUGAGAGUCGCCGAGCGGAGGCGCCGAACGUUGGAGAUCAAGACGAAGAGAAGAAGGGAGAAGAGGGUAAUCGGAAGAGGACCCAACGAAGCCUUAAGUUGAUAUCAGUUCAUGGGAUGGGAGCCCUCAGUUGAUUGAGAAGGAAUUCCCAGCCGAGGUUAGAUUAGAAAUGGUUUUUAUUAUUUUUAUUAUUUUUUAAUAGUUGAGCUGGAAAUUAUAAUUUUUAAAUUUUUUGAUUGCCACGUCAUGCAUUUAACGGUCAACUAUAAGAGUUGACCGCCACAUCAGCAAAAGUUAACGGAGACUAACGGCCAGUGACCAAACUUGGACUGUUAAUCUAAUUUAAGUGACUAUAAAUGAAAUAAAUUAAUUUGAGUGGCAAACGUGAAAUUUUGUAGCAAUUCGAGUGACCAAACUUGCAAUUAAGCCUUACUUGCAGAUUGUUAUAUAAUAUAUAGUUUUCGAAGGAAGAAUGUCCAAAGCACAACUUCCUUGCUUGAGGGGCUUCCUGUUGCUUUAAGUUUUGCACACGCUCUUUGCUAAUCAAUUUCCACAUGAAUACAAGGUACACUACUAAUUUCAGGGUUCUAUUUACAUUUUGUUCGAGUGAUGCUAUGUGUUGUUCCUAGCCAUGUGCAUGUUUGUGUGUCUCUCAUUAGUUGAAUUCAAGUUAGAUAUCAGUUCCUCUGCCAUCUAUUUGAGCUCUGUAUCAUUUACUACUUAAACUCUUUCUUUCUUCCCCAAAUUUCCCUUGUCCACUUGGGAAAACGAAAUAAACUCCAUUUCCACCCAAUAACAUUUGAAUUAAUUAACAAGGUCACAAAAUAUAAACAUUAUUCUCAUGAUAAAUUCAUUCCGGUGAUUUCCCCCCCCCCCCCCCCCACUUUAGGUAUAUGCUGGAUUGCAGUUUAUGUUCAGCCUAAUGGACAAGAGUUGGAUGAACAAGUCUAGGGUUAGUCGUGAAUACAAAGAAGGGAUAGAAUACUUCCUUGAUUUUGCAUUCCAAAAUGCAUAUCCAGAAGGAAAAAUCUUGUGUCCAUGCAUUCGUUGUGCAAACGUUAAUUUUCAAACGCGUGAGAAUGCUCGAGUUCACCUCAUUUGUUAUGGAUUUUUACGAGGAUAUUCGUGUUGUAUUUUUCAUGGAGAGACAUCUAGAACUAGCAUACCUACCUUUUCUAGUUCACAACCUUGUCCUUCAUCUUCGUUUAUGACGAAUCAUGGACAAGAUCCUGCCCCCACUCAAUCGAGUCCGCGAAUUGGGGUUGACUUGAUUGGACUAAUUAGAGAUGCCUUCAUUGACGAAGGCCAAGUAAACAAUGAUCAUCCUUUCCAUGGAGAUUCUACCCAUGAAGAUGGGGAAAAUAUGGGGGAGAACCUUGAAAUGGAUGAUUUAGAUGAAGUUUUUGAGGAGGAUACCCCAGAAGUAGCACAAUUGAUUCAAGAUGUAGAAGAAGAACUCUAUUCUGGGUGCAAAUCAUUCUCAAAACUAUCUUUCUUAUUACAUUUAUAUCAUCUGAAAGUUCUCAAUGGGUGGACAGCAAAGUCUUUUCCAAAAUUGCUUGAGCUUUUACUAGAUGCCUUCCCGGAAGGAGUUUCUUUACCCAAGUCACAAGGUGCAGCUAAGAGGAUAGUUCAAGGGUUAGGUUUAGACUAUGAAAACAUAGAAGCAUGCGAAAGUGAUUGUACCUUGUACUGGGUACUAAUAAAGAUGCACUUUCUCGUGCGGUUUGCCAUAAAAAAAGAUAUUAUGUGAAUGGAAAACGUAGGAAAUAAACAAAAGUAUUACGCUAUUUUCCUCUAAUUCCAAGGCUGCAAAGGUUGUUCGCUUCGGAGAAGACAGCGAAGCACAUGCGGUGGCAUGAUGAAAGUAGUAGGAAAGAUGGGUUACUGCGACAUCCAGCCGAUGGCGAAGCAUGGAAGGCUUUUGAUUCUCGGUAUCCUAGUUUUGCCUCUGAUUCUCGCAAUAUUAGAUUAGCUCUUAGUAGUGAUGGCUUUAGUCCCAAUAGAACAAUGACUACCAACUAUAGUAUAUGGCCGGUGGUAUUGAUUCCUUACAAUCUGCCUCCGUGGAUGUAUUUGAAGCAAUCUUCUUUUAUCUUGUCAAUGAUCAUUCCUAGACCUAAGGGUCCUGGUCAAGACAUUGAUAUAUACUUACAACCUAUGAUUGCUAAUUUGUUGAAACUAUGGGAGGGUGUCACCACGUACGAUGCUUCCAUUAAAGAAACCUUUUGCAUGCGUGCUACCUUAAUGUGCGAUAAAUAAUUUUCCUGCCUAUGGAAUUAUAUCUAGAUACUGUACAUAUGGGGAAUUUGCUUUCCCAAUUUGUGGUGAAUCCACUUGUUCGAAGUGGUUGGAACAUGGAGGGAAGUUCUGUUAUAUGGAGCAUCGUCGGUGGUUACCAGAAGAUCAUCCUUUUCUCUCUCAAUGCUCUUAUUUUGAUGGCACAAAUGAGCAAAGAAAAGCCCCUAAACAACUCAGUGGAAGUGAAAUUUCAUGAAUGUUAGAAGGGAGACAAUUCUGUUAUGGGAAAAAGGAAGUGAAGAGAAAAAUGAGGAAGAUGAAGAGGAGGGAGGGUGAAGGUGAUUCGAGUUCCAUUGAUAAUUCGAGUGAGUGGGCAGAUUGGUUUAAAAAGAGAAGUAUAUUCUUUUAUCUGCCUUAUUGGGAAAAUAAUUUAUUGCGUCACAAUUUGGAUGUGAUGCAUAUAGAGAAGAACAUGUGUGAUUAUCUGAAAAGAUUCAGAAGGAGAGGACCAACAGUCCUAGCCGAUUUAUGGAACAUGGAUCCAAAUGAAAGAAUUGAUGUUGAGGUGAAUAAACACGGAGCUCCAUGUGGUCCUGAAUAAGGUUUAUUUGCAUUUUUCCUUGGAGUUGUAGCUAGAAAUGGACUGUUUACACCCUUGGAACUUAAUUGGAGAAAGGUUGAGUUGCGUCCUUAUAAAGCAAAGAUACUGGAUAUUGUUCACGUAUGUUUACACCUCUGAAUCUUUCCCUAGCUAUAUUGAUAUGUUUUACGGUCAAUUUUAUAGGUGUUGUGUGGUGGAUCUAUUGGCAUUGAGACAUUAGUAUUAAUUGCAUUAUUCUGAUUAGACCUUGUUUCUGAUUGGACCUUGUUUCUGAUUUUGACCAGGCAAAGUUCUGAUAUCCACCUACUACCAGCAAAUGGAUUCUCACAAACGUGAAUAGAGGGUGGAGUGACUACAAGACAAAACUCAAGAGUCUUUAUUAUGACCCUAACCUGUCUGUUGAAAAGUUCUUGCACAACCGAAGCCUGCAGGCGUUAUUGAUACUCAUUGGCAAACUUUGGUCAGCGUUGGUAUACUGAAGACUUUCAGGUAUGACCAAAUUUACUUUAUUCAGUUUUUUGUCGUUAUAUUUAUUUUAAUUUUAACAUCUUAAACUUAUGAAUGCAUUAUUAGUAGAGACUAAGUAAGAUAAACGCGGAAAAUGCUAGCAACAUGAAGACUCCACAUACAUGUGGGAGGAUGAGCUUUGCGAGGUGGAUGGCUAUAAAAGUAUGUGUUUUAC